AUGAUUUGGCUUGUUUCGAUGCUCUUUGGCAUCCAGGUGCUUUGCUCCUGCACUGCUGUCUCUCCUCCCAGGGAAGUUGCUGCUGCACUGCUCUCCCCCCGCUGCGACGACCCUGCAGUAGAGCAUGCUACAGACAUGGCUCUUCGCCAGAUCAAUGCUGAUAGGGAAGAGGGCUACAUAUUCAGUCUCUACCGAAUUUUCAGCGCCCGAGAACAACCUCAGGAGACCACUGGUUCUGUCUUCUAUCUCAUCUUGGAUGUAGUAGACACUGAAUGCCCUGUACUCAGCAGAAAGCUGUGGAAGAACUGUGCUCACAGACCUGCUCAUUUAGCUGUUUAUGGUCAAUGCAAAGCAAUUAUCUACAUUAAUCAGGCAAGAAAUAUUGCUCAUCUGAAUACUUAUGAGUGCACUUUACAACCAGUUCCAUCCAGAUACAUUUGGUCAGUAUGUCCUGACUGUCCAGUGAACGGCAACGUAAGUGAGCCCGAAUGUAUCGAGUCUGCUCUUCUAUGUCUUGCCAAGUUCAAUGAAGAGAGUGAACAAACUAACUAUUUCUCUCUCCUCAAUGUCACAAGAGUUUCAAUGCAGUGGGUCUUUGGUCCUGCAUACUUUGUAGAGUUUUUGAUUCAGGAGACCUCCUGCUCCAAGAAGGAAAAGGUUGCUGACGUCUCCAAGUGUGAGCCCCUUCCAUCAGAUGUAGCUCAAAUCGGUUUCUGCCAUGGCUCUAAAGUAAGAUCACACUUGGGAGAGUCGGUCAGCGUGUCCUGUGAAAUCUUCAGCCAGCAGGAUCCUGCCACCAAAGAGGGGAAACAGGAAGCUAAUCAGACACCUGGAAAACCCAGCCAGGAUCAAGAAGCUUCCGCUUCAGAAGACAGUUUCUCCUCACACCUAGGAAAAACAGUGGGCUCGAUUAAAAUGCUUCCCCCUUCAGAUGAGGAUAUCACUUUCUUUAGCCUAAAAGAAAGUCAAGACAGAGAGCAGGAUGGAAAGCCAGUUCCACCUGGGGCUGUAGGACCUACACCCAGUCAUGUUAGAGAAAAGACUCAAGUGAAGAAACCAGACUUGACCAAACCAGUCACUGAACCAGUUUUUCUUCCUUUUCCUGAGGAAGUUUCUGCAUCAGACUCAUGCCCAGGAGAAGCAAAGAAGAUGGAUGGCAUCCUCCAUCCUUUAGUGAUCAGAAAGCCUACUACAGCCUAG